GGAGGGGAAGGCAAGCAAACAGUUUACAUCAUUAUUCCAGAAUGAUCCACAGCUGGCUUAUCUGGCAGGGGCUUUCGUGUUGGUGUAUUUAAGUGCACAGGCACUAAAGGCAGCAAGUUUUCUGAGAAGGGACAUAGAGACAAAAUGGACAUCGCCAUUCAGCAUCCCUUGUUUCGCCGCUCCUACUGGCCAUUUUUCUUUCCCAGUCGGAUCUUUGAUCAGCACUUUGGGGAACCCAUUUCUGAUAGCGACAUGAUUCCCUCACUGUACUACUCAAGACCCUUCUUCCUCCGCUGGCCUAGCUGGAUGGACAGUGGCCUUUCUGAGAUGAAAUUGGAAAAGGAACGUUUUUCAGUAAAUCUGGAUGUAAAUCAGUUCACACCAGAGGAGCUCUCGGUGAAAAUCAAUGGAGACUUCCUUGAAAUUCAUGCUAAGCAUGAGGAGCGUGAGGACGAUCAUGGCUUUGUCUCAAGGGAGUUUCUUAGAAAAUAUCGUGUUCCAGUUGGUGUGGACCUGACCUCUGUCACCUCCUCCCUGUCUUCUGAUGGGGUUUUAACAGUGACAGCUCCACGCAAGCAAUCAAUGAUCCCAGAGCACACCAUUCCCAUCACCCGUGAAGACAAUCCCGCCGUGACUGACGCUCAGAAGAAGUAAAGCUGCUUGUGUUCCUUGUCUUUCUCAGCUGUAUUUAUCCUUUACUGAUCAAUCUGACCAGUAACUUAAUAUCCCCCAAAUAACUUAAUAUCCCCCCCUUGUUAUUGACAUGCCAAUCAAUUAAGUUGUUGUUGCUACAGAAGCAUAGGAAGAAUUGGCUACAUCAAUUCAAUCAAAACUACAUCAAUUGAGAAUAUAGUAUCAAACUGUAAAUGCAACUUCUCCAUCAGACUUUGUGACCAAAAAAUGGAUUUCAGGCAGGGCCUUUUCUAGCUACAAGUGGUUUAAGAGGUCACUUAUGGCCCCAGAGUCACCAGGGGGACCCUCAAAAAAAUAUUUUAUAUUACAUUUUGUUAUUUUUUAAAAAUAUACUAAAAGCUGAGAGUAAGACGCAGGCAGCUGUUAUGGCUCAAUUAGAUAGGGGCCAUUUGGGGCCCGAGAAAGAAGGGAUAAUAUAGGAUUUCGCUUAGGGCCACAAUAUGCUCAGAAACAACCUUGAUUUCUGGUCUAUUCUGACUGGGUUGCAGAAAGCAGGGGAAAAUCAAUGCUAAAUGCCAAUAAUAAAAUACAACUAACCAAAUAAUUGUACUUAAUUUUAAUAGCAAAAUAGGCUUAUUCACUUUUAAAAGGGUGUUGUUGAUUUCAAAGGCUGUGUGUCUAAUCGCACGCCACUGUAUUUUAGUGCACAUUUUCCUUUCAUGUGGUUAGAACAGUGCCUGAUGCCAACAUGGACAGGCUGCAUGACAUGCCCUCAUCCUUGAAAAACCAUGACCAAAAAAUACAACCCAGACAACAUUAAAUGUGGGUUCAGUGAGGAUAAACAUGGUUUGUAUUGACCACAGUGUUUUGUGCAUUGACUUAUUGGCUUCUGAGUGCAUUAAACAUCAAAAUUAAAGACACAUUUAAAAACCAAAAAA